AGGAGGGCUUUCGAGCUGCCGCUCUGCUGCUGAACAGCAUGCAGUCCUUUCGGGAGCAAAGUAGUUACCACGGAAACCAGCAGAGUUACCCGCAGGAAGUGCACGGCUCAUCCCGACUGGAAGAGUUCAGCCCCCGCCAGCAGGCCCAGAUGUUCCAGGGCUUUGGAGGAGGUGCUGGCAGUGGACGUCGUGGAGCAGCAGGAGCCUCUACAGCGAUGCCUGGUGAGAGCUCUGGCCAUCAGAGCUACCAAGGUUUCAGAAAAGAAGCAGGAGAGUUUUACUACAUGGCUGCCAACAAAGAUCCAGUGGCGUCGGGAGGGCAGCAGCCGCCUCAGCGCAGGCCUUCCGGACCAGUACAGAGCUAUGGGCCCCCUCAAGGGAGUAGCUUUGGGAGUCAGUAUGGGAGCGAGGGACAUGUGGGCCAGUUUCAAACGCAGCACUCGUCCCUUGGGGGUGUAUCCCACUAUCAGCAGGAUUAUACUGGUCCUUUUUCUCCAGGGAGUGCCCAGUAUCAGCAGCAGGCUUCUAGCCAGCAGCAGCAGGUGCAGCAGCUGAGACAGCAGAUCUACCAGUCUCAUCAGCCUUUACCCCAGGCUUCCAGCCAGUCUGCUUCUAGCACCUCCCACUUGCAGCCCAUGCAGCGUCCAUCCACCCUGCCUUCCUCUGCCUCUGGGUACCAGCUACGAGUGGGUCAGUUCAGCCAACACUAUCAGCCACCUUCAUCAUCCUCCUCACCUAAGCGCUUUGGCCAGUCAGGACAGAAUUACGAUGGAAGCUACAGCGUGAAUUCCGGGUCGCAGUAUGAAGGCCAUGCCGUGGGUUCCAACGCGCAGGCUUAUGGGACUCAGUCGAACUACAGCUUUCAGACUCAACCGAUGAAAGGCUUUGAGCAGUCCAAGCUGCCACAGAGUGGGCAGCAGGGACAGCAGCAACAGCACCCACCUCAGCACGUAAUGCAGUAUUCAAAUGCUGCCAGCAAGCUCUCUCUUCAAAGUCAAGUGGGACAGUACAGCCAGACAGAAGUUCCUGUAAGGUCACCGAUGCAGUUCCACCAAAACUUCAGUCCAAUCUCUAAUCCAUCUCCCGCUGCAUCUGUGGUUCAGUCUCCAAGCUGCAGCUCUACCCCUUCUCCGCUCAUGCCAGGUGGAGAAAAUCUCCAGUGUGGGCAAGGCAACAUGUCCAUGGGUUCUAGAAACCGAAUCCUGCAGAUGAUGCCUCAGCUUAGUCCUACACCAUCUAUGAUGCCAAGCCCCAAUGCUCAUGCGGGGGGAUUCAAGGGGUUUGGGCUGGAAGGACUGCAGGAGAAAAGGCUCACAGAUCCAGGGCUGAGCAGCCUGAGUGCUCUAAGUUCUCAGGUGGCCAAUCUGCCCAACACAGUGCAGCACAUGUUGCUCUCGGAUGCCUUGGCACCUCAGAAAAAAAGCUCCAAAAGGUCAUCCUCCUCAAAGAAGGCUGACAGCUGCACCAACUCAGAAGGCUCCUCCCAGGCAGAGGAGCAACUCAAGUCUCCCCUGGCAGAGUCCCUUGACGGUGGUUGUUCCAGUAGUUCAGAGGAUCAUGGGGAAAGGGUGAGACAGCUGAGUGGCCAGAGCACCAGCUCAGACACCACUUACAAAGGGGGUAACUUAGAGAGAUCCAACUCCUCACCAGCACAAGGCUCUCAGAAUGAGCCAUCGAAACUCAGCAGCAGCAGCCCCGCAGCUAGGGAAGAUGCGGCCUCCCCUGAUGGGAAGGAAGCUGUGGUGGCUGUGGAAAAUGCCCCCAAAGUGAACGAAAAGGCAGUUGGGGUGAUUGUCUCCCGGGAAGCCAUGACAGGAAGGGUAGAAAAGUCAGGUGGACAAGAUAAACCUGCACAGGAUGAUGCUUCCACAGCCACUCCAGCACCAGCUAGUGCUAGUGGGGCAAAAGAGGCUGGGCAUGCAGGGACGCAGCCAGAGGCUCCAGGAGGGAGUAAAGGGAGCAAAAGUGGAGAUAACACUAACCAUAAUGGAGAGGGGAACAGCCAGCCUGGUCAUACAGUUGUUGGGCCAAAUUUUCCUGCAAGAACAGAACCUUCCAAAUCUCCUGGCAGUUUAAGAUACAGUUACAAGGAUAACGUAGCAGCUGGCAUACAGAGAAGUAUCGGUGGCUUUCCGCAGUACCCUUCUGGUCAAGAAAAAGGGGAUUUUCCGGUGCACAGUGAGCGCAAAGGCCGGAAUGAGAAGUUUCCUAGCCUCCUACAGGAGGUCUUACAGGGGUACCAUCAUCAUCCAGACAGAAGGUAUUCUAGGAACGCACAGGAGCAUUCUGGGAUGGCUGGGAGUUUGGAGGGAGCCAUGAGGCCCAAUAUCUUAAUUAGUCAGACCAAUGAGUUGGCCAAUAGGGGCCUCUUAAAUAAGAGCAUGGGGUCUCUCCUGGAAGGCCCUCACUGGGGUCCCUGGGAUAGGAAGUCUAGCAGCAUAGCUUCUGACAUGAAGCAGAUAAAUCUAGCUGAUUACCCUAUUGCUAGGAAGUUUGAUAUAGAGUCUCAGUCUUCUGCCCAUGAAGGGGGAGCGCUCUCAGAGAGGAGAUCCGUGAUCUGUGACAUAUCUCCAUUAAGGCAACUUGUCCGAGACCCUGGCCCUCACCCAAUGGGGCACAUGGGUCCUGAGGCCAGAAGCGGCAGGAGUGAACGUCUUGCCCCUGGCUUGAGCCAGUCAGUAAUACUCCCUGGUGGUUUAGUAUCCAUGGAAACAAAGAUGAAAGCUCACAGUGGGCCAAUAAAAGAAGAAGAUUUUGAACAGUCAAAGAGCUCAGCUAGUCUCAAUAAUAAAAAACCAGGAGACCAUUGUCAUCCUGCUGGCAUCAAGCAUGAAUCUUUCCGAGGCAAUGCUAGCCCUGGAGCUGCGAUCUCCGAUGCUGCUCCAGACUACAUUCCCCAGCAGGACAGCAGACCGACACAGAUGAGACGAGGACCUGGCAGAACUGGAAGCAGCAGGGGUAAAUCACCUUCUCAAUACCAGGAUCUUGCUGAUAAGCUGAAAAUGUCACCAGGCAGAAGCAGAGGCCCAGGAGCAGAUCUGCAUCACAUGAACCCACACAUGACACUAUCUGAAAGAGUUAACAGGGGUUCCUUGCAUUCUGCUUACCCUCAGAAUUCAGAAGGCCCGUCUCUGGCUUCAGCAUAUCACACAAAUGCUCGGCCUCAUCCUUUUGGUGACCCUAACCAGAGUUUAAAUUCCCAGUAUCAUUACAAGAGACAGAUAUACCAGCAACAGCAAGAAGAAUACAAAGAUUGGGCAAGCAGCGCUGCUCAGGGUGUGAUUGCUGCAGCUCAGCACAGGCAGGAAGGAGCAAGGAAGAGCCCAAGACAACAGCAGUUUCUGGAAAGAGUAAGGAGUCCCUUAAAAAAUGACAAGGAUGGAAUGAUGUACCUUCAAGGCAGCUCUUACCACGAUACUGGAAGCCAAGAAGCUGGGCGCUGUGUUAUGGGGAGUGACAGUACUCAGAGCAAGUGCACCGAACUGAAACACGGCAACCAGAAGCUGCAGCAUCACGAAUCUGGUUGGGACCUCUCUCGGCAAACUUCUCCUGCCAAAAGCAGUGGCCCUCUCGGAGCAGCCAACCAAAAAAGAUUUUGCCCUCAAGAAAGCGAUGGGCAUCGACGAGAGGAUUCUACAGAUUUGCCCAAGCCUAGUAAUGCCAUGCUCAGGCUCCCUGGCCAGGAAGACCAGUCUCCUCAAAAUCCAUUAAUUAUGAGGAGGAGAGUCCGUUCUUUCAUCUCGCCUAUCCCUACCAAAAGACAGCCACAGGAUAUGAAGAACAGUGGCGGUGAAGAUAAAGGGCGACUGAUGAGUUCAGCAAAAGAAGGAGCUGAUAAAACGUACAACUCUUAUGCCCAUUCAUCUCAAAGCCAAGAUGUUGGCAAGUCAGUUGCAAAGGGCGAUUCCUUCAAGGACCUGCCAAGUCCUGAUAAUAGGAACUGCCCUGCUGUUUCCCUCACAAGCCCGGCUAAGACCAAAAUACUGCCCCCAAGAAAGGGGCGGGGAUUAAAACUGGAAGCUAUCGUUCAAAAAAUUACAUCUCCCAAUAUUAGGAGAAGCGUUUCUACCAACAGUGCUGAAACCGGUGCGGAUACUGUCACUCUUGAUGACAUCCUGUCCCUAAAGAGUGGACCUGAAGGAGGAAAUGUAGCUGGACAUGGACCAGAGACUGAGAAGAGGAAAGGAGAGAUGGCAGAUCAGGUGGGGCCAGCAAGCCAGGACGCAGCUGGCGAAAUAACUCUUCCGAGAUCUUCAGCAGAGUGGCAAAGCAGUGAGGAUGAUAAAACCAAGAAAGAGGUCCCUGAAACUGCCAGUGUUGGUAAAGAAGGAGCAGUAUCCAGUGCAGCACCACCGCCUUCUCAGAAGUCGGGUGGUCAGGGAAGGUCUGACGGAUCUGUAAGCGGGGCUGGAACGCUGACCUUUUCCGACUCAAAAACAAUUUCUCCUUCCAGCGUGUUUACUUCUGAACCAAAUCCGAAGCCUGAGGAAAAAGACGGAGAUGUGACAAACAUUUCACCCAAGCCAGAUGGUUUCCCUCCGAAGGGAUAUUUUCCCUCUGGAAAGAAAAAGGGGAGGCCAAUUGGGAGUGUGAACAAGCAGAAGAAGCAGCAGCAGCAACAGCAGCAGCAACUGCCACCACCCCCGCCACCCCCACCAGUACCUUCGCAGUCUUCGGAAGGGGUAGGUGGUGGCGAGCCAAAACCGAAGAGGCAAAGGAGGGAGAGGCGAAAACCUGCAGCGCAGCCACGGAAGCGGAAGCCUAGACGGGCUGCUCCGAUUGUGGAGCCACAGGAACCAGAGAUCAAGCUUAAAUACGCUACCCAGUCUGUAGAUAAAACUGACUCCAAGAAUAAGUCCUUUUUCCCUUAUAUCCACGUGGUAAACAAGUGUGAAUUAGGCGCUGUGUGCACAAUCAUUAAUGCAGAGGAAGAGGAGCAGAACAAAUUGGUGAGGGGUCGGAAAGGACAGAGGUCUUCGACGCCCCCUCCUAGCAACGCGGAGAGCAAAGUGCUGCCCACCUCAACUUUCAUGCUGCAGGGCCCUGUAGUAACAGAAUCUUCUGUCUUGGGGCAUCUGGUUUGCUGCCUGUGUGGCAAAUGGGCCAGCUAUCGUAACAUGGGUGACCUCUUUGGUCCUUUCUACCCCCAGGAUUACGCAGCCACCUUGCCCAAGAACCCGCCUCCAAAGAGGGCCACAGAAAUGCAGAGCAAGGUCAAGGUACGGCACAAAAGUGCUUCCAACGGUUCCAAGACAGAUACGGAAGAGGAGGAGGAACAGCAACAACAGAAGGAACAAAGAAGCCUAGCUGCUCAUCCCCGCUUUAAGAGGCGGCACCGCUCCGAGGACUGUAGUGGAGCCUCUCGGUCACUUUCAAGGGGAGCUUCUUGUAAAAAAGCAACCACUGAUGGUGGCAGUGGUGGUGAAAAGACUCCUUUGGACUCAAAACCCUCUAUGCCCACUUCGGAAGGUGGCACUGAGCUGGAGUUACAAAUUCCUGAACUACCUCUUGACAGCAAUGAAUUUUGGGUCCAUGAGGGUUGUAUUCUCUGGGCCAAUGGGAUCUACCUGGUCUGUGGCAGGCUCUAUGGGCUGCAGGAAGCUGUGGAGAUUGCGAGAGAGAUGAAAUGUUCCCAUUGCCAGGAACCGGGAGCCACCUUAGGCUGCUACAACAAAGGCUGCUCCUUCCGAUACCAUUACCCAUGUGCCAUCGAUGCAGAUUGUUUACUAAACGAAGAGAAUUUCUCAGUGAGGUGCCCCAAGCACAAGCCCCUCCCUCCUUGCUCUCUUCCCUCCUUGCAGAACAAGAUGGUGAAAGGCAGCCUCAGCACAGAGCAGUCGGAGCGGGGGUGAGGGGGGAAGUGUACUCCUGGGAAUGGAAAUAAAAGCAAGCACAGGUUAGGCUGUUGAGAUAAAAAGCGGUGGACAUUCGUGACUGAAUGGAAUCUCUCCCACUGUGCAGCCAUGCCCCCUCUCCCUGCCAAUGCCAGCACUUCCUUCAUAAAUUCUUACAUCACACUCGAGACUGAUGACAUCACAGAAUCUGACCAAGGAGUCUGAACCAGCUGUUUCCAUGGACACAAUCUCCAUAGUGACAGUGGGAAGGGGAGGGGGAAAAAGGAAACAGGUGGGGGGAAUUAAAGAGGGAGGGAUAAAUAUAUAUAUAUAUAUAAAGAUCUAUUUUUUAGUCUUGAAAGACUUUGUUUUAAAUGAAAGGUGCGCUAUAUCCCUUUUGAUGCUUUUGAUUAAAAUUAACAAAACCCCGUUUAAAUUAAAAGAGGAAAACUGUAGCUAAAGUAACCGUUACAGCCCAAAUCCAAGCAAGGCUCACGGAGCCUGACGUUUUGUGGGAAAGAAUAGUGGAAAUGGGAGUACUCCAGACAAGAUUGUCUCCCUUCCUCUUGCUUUCUUUCCCACGACAGCCAAGGAAUUUCAGUUUUAAAAGGCAAACAGAAUUGGAUCAAUCUUUCGUAGAGCGUGGGAGGAAGGCUCGGACGGGUGCAGGUGACGGGG